CCAGGGAAUUCCACGCCAGGGAAUUCCACACCAGGGAAUUCCACACCAGGGAAUUCCGCGCAUUCCCAUUCAUCGGGAAAUGUCAACAGCCAGUGGGAAGAGCGCUCUGGGCGCCCAGAACGAGGCUUGGGUGGGGGAAUUGUGGCAACAAGGUCUCACCACCGACCUUAAAGUGUCUGCUGGAAGAUCCAGCCGCCUCUGGCUUUGGUGCUGACCCCUCUUCCCUGCGCCCUCCAGCUGCUGAGAACAAGUUUGCCAAGUUCCUCCUGAGCUGCCUCAAGUGCUGCUUCUGGUGCCUGGAAAAAUUCAUCAAGUUCCUCAACAGGAACGCCUACAUCAUGAUCGCCAUCUACGGCACCAACUUCUGCACCUCGGCCCGGAACGCGUUCUUCCUGCUGAUGAGGAACAUCAUCAGGGUGGCCGUGUUAGAUAAAGUCACGGAUUUCCUCUUCUUCCUUGGGAAGCUCCUCAUUGUGGGAAGCGUGGGAAUCCUCGCCUUCUUCUUCUUCACCCAGCGCAUCAAGCUGGUCCAGGACACGGCGCCGCCGCUGAAUUACUACUGGGUCCCGAUUCUGACGGUGAUCGUGGGCUCCUACCUCAUCGCCCACGGGUUCUUCAGCGUGUACGGCAUGUGCGUGGACACCCUCUUCCUCUGCUUCUGUGAAGAUCUGGAGAGAAACGAUGGAUCUCUGGAGAGGCCUUACUACAUGUCCCCCGAGCUCAGCGAGAUCCUGCUGAAGGGGCAUCUAGAACCUUCCAAAAGCGCCGAUAGCCAAGGCUAGGGCCCAGCGCUGGCUGGAGGCCGCAGGACCCUCCCGGCCCCGACUCCCGCGGUGCUGCUCUGUCCCCCUGGAAUUCCUUCGUGGGUGGUGGACACUCAACGCCCGAUGGUGUCCAGUCUUCCUUCCUGCCCCAAAAAUCCGUGUUCCUGCAUGGAGAGAGCCCGGCUGGAGUCGGUUGGGGGGUCCCGGUAGCGCCCGGCGAGGGGUGCGGUGCCUGAGGUCGUGGUUUUUGUUCCCGAGGGUGGGCCGGCGUGGCUGGCACGAGGAAUCCAGCGUGGAGGGACAGGGGUUUGUGGGAUGGGCCGAGAGGGUUCUGCCGUCCCAAACUGGUCCCUGGGCGUUUCCUCCGUGUCUGCUUCAGCCAAGAGCAGAGAAACUUUCCUUGCAAUUUCCUCAUCCCUCUCCUUGCGAUUUCCUCACCUCCUUCCUUGCAAUUUCCUCACCUCUUUCCUUGUAAUUUCCUCACCUCCUUCCUUGCAAUUUCCUCACCUCCUUCCUUGUGAUUUCCUCACCUCUUUCCUUGCAAUUUCCUCACCUCUUUCCUUGCAAUUUCCUCACCUCUUUCCUUGUGAUUUCCUCACCCUUUUCCUGCCCUUUCCUCACCUCUUUCCUUGCAAUUUCCUCACCCUUUCCCUGCCCUUUCCUCACCCUUUUCCUUGUAGUUUCCUCACCCUUUUCCUGCCCUUUCCUCACCCUU